CGAUUCUGAAUUGUAUCAUCACUGAUUGGGUUUGCCGUUUCUUGAACUUCAUUCACAUGUAAUCUUGUGUCUGGCUUCCGUCACUCAACAUGAUAUCAGUGAGAUCCAUCUGUGUUGUGUGUAUCCAGGAGCUCUUUCUUUUUUUCUCAGUGUAGAAUGACACAUUCACCAAGCAUUUACCACUGUUCUAAGAACCUGACAUGUAAUGAUUCACAUAAACUUCCCAUCCCUGUGAGGUUGUAAGACAAAGAAUUGAAGACACAGAGAAGUUAAGGAACUUGCCCAGGGUCACCCAGCCAACUGAUAGCCAAGACAGGGUUCGAAUGUAAGCAGUCUGGUUCUGGAGCCAAGGUUUUCUUAACACUAUGCUGGGUGGCCUCCGUGAUACCUACCAAGUCUGUGCCUGGCCUUGUGUGGCUUAAAUGAACUAAUGUGUACUUCCAGGACUGGGUGACUGGAUGUGGAUGGAGGGAGACAGGAAGGAGUUGAGGAUGACUGCAGGUUUCUGGCUUGAGUAAGUGGGUGGGUGGCGGUGCUGUUACUAAGAUAGGGAACACAGGAAGAGGAACAGAUGGCAUGGGGGGUGGGGAACAGAGACAAGGGGUUCGAUUUGGGGCCUGCAGAAUUUUGUUUCUAAGGGAUGGCCAGGCAGAGAGACCAAGUGAGCCUUUGGUUUGGGGGAAUCUCAGGCUUAGAUGUGUGAUUAGGACAGCAUUCAGCACCCUGUAGACAGCAUCUGGAGUUUGGGAAAGGAUGGGGUCUCCCAACGGGAUUGUGCUGGGGACAAGAUGCGUGGGUUGUGGUUUGUCCUUGUGUGUUUCUGUGUCUGGGUGCCUCUGUGCUCUGUCUGCUUGUGUAUAUGUGUGUGUAUGCCUGCCUCUGGGCCAUGAGUUCCCGCAUCUCCUGUGAGAGCCUUCAGGUCAGCUGAGAGCUGGGCUGUGUUUGUUUGUGGUUUGACCCUGGGGGGUGGGGGGUGGUGCCAAGCCUGAGAAACUGUUUGCCGAGAAGCCCCCGGAAACACCUGUGCGUCCUCCUUCCCUGGGACCGUUGUUGUUGGAGGGUUGGCAAGUCGGGGAGCUUCUCUUGCUGCUCAUGUGCCUGUGGGGAGAGGCUGUCCCUGGGAUGAAUUUCAUCUAGCAAGUUGGUUGACGGCAUACUGCCUGGGUCUGGGAUCCACAGACUUUGUGGAAGGCUAGGCAAACGGGGAUAGGGGUGUUUAGAAACGACACCUGAGUAGGGGAGAUCGCCAGCCUUCUGGUUGGUUUUUCCUGUUCACUCUCAUUUCCUGUGAUGGCAGUGGGGGAGGGGCUCCCCAGCACUGGGGCCUCUGCAUCGUUUCCCCUUCCUCCUGGUGACCUCCUGGGGCCCAGCCCUGAGUGCUCAGGAGGCACAGAGAGACAAGGUAGCUGGGCUCAGCCCUAAGGACCGAAUCCUUUGGGGAUUCCCAAGCAGUGGAAGGGGUUGUUAUUUGCUGCAGCAUUUAAGGGAAGGAGCCCCAAGUGCCCUCCACUCGGUUGAGGCCAGCCAAGCUGUGGGAAUCUCUGGUUGCACUCCUGUGGAGGGCUGAGACCCUUAAAGGGGAGACACAGCGAGCAGUGUAUCCUGGGAUGCUCCAAGUCACCCAGCUACGGACGGGAGAGCGUCGUCUUGGCCGGCUGUCUGUGCCCAGACCCCAGUGUACCCCUCACCACCAUGACCGGGCUGCUGAAGAGGAAGUUUGACCAGCUGGAUGAGGACUCCUCCUCACUCUGCUCGUCCUCCUCCUCUUUGUCCUCCUCGGGCCGCCACUCUCCCUCCUGCUCCCCGAGCUCUUCGGCCUCCCCGUCUUGGGACUCGGAUGAGGAAGGCCCCUGGGAUCAGAUGCCCUUGCCUGACCGCAACUUCUGUGGCCCCCGAAGUUUCACCCCCCUGUCCAUCCUGAAGCGGGCCCCCCGGAAGCGCCCAGGCCGGGUAGCCUUCGAUGGCAUCACUGUCUUCUACUUCCCUCGGUGCCAGGGCUUCACCAGUGUGCCCAGCCGCGGCGGCUGCACCCUGGGUAUGGCCUCCCGCCACAGUGCCUACCGCCGCUUCUCCCUGGCCGAGUUUACGCAGGAGCAAGCCCGGGCACGGCAAGAGAAGCUGCGCCUACGCUUGAAGGAGGAGAAGCUGGAGGCGCUGAGAUGGAAGCUUUUGGAGGCUGGGAUACCCAAGUCGGAGGCCAGCCUGCCGCUUACAGUGGACACCAUAGAUGAUGCCUCUGUGGAGGAGGAUUUGGCAGUGGCCGUGGCAGGUGGCCAGUUGGAAGAAAUGACCUUCCUCCAGCCCUACCCAGCCCGGAAGCGGCGGGCUCUGCUGCGGGCCUCGGGCGUGCGGAGGAUCGAUCGCGAGGAGAAGCGAGAGCUGCAGGCCCUGCGCCAGUCCCGGGAGGACUGUGGCUGUCGCUGUGACAGGGUCUGUGACCCUGAGACCUGCAGCUGUAGCCUGGCGGGCAUCAAGUGCCAGAUGGACCACACAGCGUUCCCCUGUGGUUGCUGCAGAGAGGGCUGUGAGAACCCUAAGGGCCGUGUGGAAUUUAAUCAGGCGCGAGUUCAGACCCAUUUCAUUCACACGCUCACCCGCCUGCAGCUGGAGCAGGGGGCCGAGAGCCUUGGGGAGCUGGAGGCCCCGGCCCAGGGUGCCACAUUCAGCCCCAGCGAGCAGGUCCUGGCCCCCACGUUCCCACUGGCCAAGCCCCCCGUGAGCAGCGAGCUGGGAGACAACAGCUGCAGCAGCGACAUGACCGAUUCGUCCACAGCAUCGAGCAGCAGCGAGGCACCCAGUGGCUCUGCCCACCCGGCCCUGCCUGGCCCCGGCUUCCAGCCCGGAGUGGACGAUGACAGCCUGGCUCGGAUCCUGAGCUUCAGUGACUCUGACCUGGGUGGAGAUGGGGAGGAGGAGGAGGAAGGGGGUGUGGGCAGCCUGGACAACCUCAGCUGCUUCCACCCAGCUGACAUCUUUGGUACCGGUGACCCCACUGGCCUGGCCAGCUGGACCCACAGCUAUUCCAGCUCCAGCCUCGCGUCAGGCAUCCUGGAUGAAAACGCCAACCUGGAUGCCAGCUGCCUCCUCAAUAGUGGCCUUGAAAGCUUGGGGGAAGGCAGCCUCCCCGGCCCCCUGGUGCCAGCCAUCACGGAUGCCGGCCAGAGCAGCUCAGUGGACCUGAGUUUGUCCUCCUGUGACUCCUUCAAGCUGCUCCAGGCCCUGCCAGACUAUAGUCUGGGGCCCCACUACACUUCCCAAAAGGUGUCUGAUAGCCUGGACAACCUCGAGGCGGCCCACUUCGCCCUGCCUGCCUUUUCUCCCCCUGGGGACGCCAGCACGUGCUUCCUGGAGUCCAUCAUGGGCUUGUCUGAGCCAGCCGCCGAGGCCCUGGCUCUCUUCAUGGACGGCCAGUUGUUUGAGGACACUGCCCCAGCGUCGCUGGUGGAGCCUGUGUUUGUGUGAGGGUUAGGGUGCCUUUUCCCAGCCCCAAGAGCCCUGUUGCUGCUUCAUUGUAAUUGGGGGCUCCCUGAGGUCUGCCUGUAUGUAACGGUCUCCCAUUGGCUGGCUCCCAUGUGGGCACUCCUAAUUUUCAUGCAACACUCUGGAUUUAUUUAUUUAUUUUUGUAACCUUCUGUGCUGAAGCGGGACGGGGGGGGCACUUCCCCUUUCAGCUGCCUGGUCCCCCAUAUGCCCACACCCUCUCUUCCACUUCCAUGGCCGUGCCAGGAGCAGGAAGAAAUGUGGCUCCCCUGGAGCUUUGCAGACUCCUUUUCGGUCUUGCAUGAUGUUCCUAAGCCCAAAGACAGCCACACAGGGCUGAAAUCAGCCACUUCUUAAGGCUUCUUCUGCCACCCUGAGCCCUAGACUCAUGGGUGGCUGAAUUCUCUGGACUGUGAAGACUAUAAUUUAUUUCCAUAAUUUAUUUGGAGACUAGGUGGCUGGCAGGCAAUGCUAGGGUUGGGGUGGGGCACAGACCCCUGCGAGUCCCUUUGCCUUUUAGUCCUGCAGCCCUGCCCUUGCCGGGGCUUUGGUGUAGACCAGGCAUGGAUUUGAGCCCUCUGUCUAAUGUGGCAGCUGCCCUGCUCCGGCUGGCUGAGCAAGCCGGGGCUGGCCUGGGACAGCAUCUGGGCAGGGGGAGGGGCUGGGCUGACCAACCGUGACCAAAACCCUCUUCUGCCCCACACAGCCCCCUCUCCUUCCUGUCCUCUGCCCCAUCUUCCCCCUCCCCAAAGGCUGCAGCUUUUAUUCCAAGCCCAUCAAUGUAGGAGGGGGAAGCAGGAGGCCCAGAGAGGGCAAGGGGCUGCCCCAGGGCCUGUAGCACGCCCCUGACCACUCAGGGCUUUCCAGGCACGCACUCCAGCCUGGUCCACCUGCCUGUACCCUAAGGCCAGUCGGCCAGGGGAGAGGGGUGGCUCCUUAUGGCUUUCAUGCCCUUUGUUUGCAGAUGUUGAAUGUCGCAUCAUGGUUUCUAUAUUGUCCCUGAGUAUUAGAACUGUAAUUUAUUCAUUUUUCUGUGUCUGUGCCAAGAAGCCCAGGCUCUGGGCCUGCCCUCUUGCCUAGGAGGCCUUGCCAGCCUGCGAGCUUGUGGGAACACCUUGUACCUGCCCUUACAGGUACCAAUAAAGAGGCUCUAUUUUUCGGU